GCCAUAACCAUACAAUUUUGUUUAUUUUUUGUAUACAAUUAUUCAUUGAAUCAUCAUGAAAAUCAAUUUAUUUGCAAUUGCAUGACACAAAAAUGAGCAUAAAUCAUUUAAUUCGUAUUGUAGAUGUUGACUUUUACAUGGCACCCCCUGUUGCUGGUCUUGAUGUUAUGUAUUCUGAGUUUAGGGGAUCGUCAGUUAAUCAAGUUCCAAUUAUUAGAGUUUUUGGAUCCACACAAGAUGGACACAAAAUUUGUACUCAUGUACAUGGUGUUUUCCCAUAUUUAUACAUCCCCUAUGAUGGACAAGAUGAUUUAAAUUCCUUGGUCUAUCAAAUGGCAUCAAAUAUUGAUAAGGCACUUAAUACUUCUAUGAAGCAAGCCUCUUCCAACACUCAACAUAUUUACAAAAUUUCUCUUGUGUCUGCAUAUCCUUUCUAUGGGUACCAUGCAAAACAACAUCAAUUUUUAAAAAUAUACUUAUACAACCCAAUAUUGCUUAGAAGACUCAGCAAUUUGCUUCAAACUGAAGCAAUUUUAGGUAAAGUCUAUCAACCUCAUGAAUCUCAUUUGCAAUUUACAUUGCAGUUCAUGAUAGACUAUAAUUUACAUGGUAUGAGCAACAUGGUGGUAUCAGAAAUGAAACUGAGGAGAGUUCCAGAUGAUAUGUCCGAGUUAAAUUCUGAUGUUUAUCUUCCACCAACUGUAACUAGAAUUUCCAUGUGUGAGUUGGAAGGAGAUAUUUUAGCUGACAAUAUUAUGAAUAGGUUAGAGGUGGCUAGUGGAAAUUUAGGUGUAAAUCCUGGCAUAGCUGCUUUAUGGGAAGAUGAAAGACAGAGAAGAAGGAAUAAGAAUGAAGAUUCACAAAUUGAAUCUUGUUUGUCAUUGAAAAAUAACGACGUUAAGCCCACUAACUCACAUAUUGUAUACAAAAGGGCGCUGCUCGAUAGAUUGGCGGUUUUGUCUACAGAUAAAGAUGAUUCUGAAAGUCCAAUGAAUUUGUCAGUGUAUCCAGCAGAAACUCCUGACAGUGCUAACAUACAGAAUGCAUCAAAUAUAGAAAUUCAUACGCAGUCAUCUAGUAGCUUGUGUGACUCAAUGAAUAUUUCAUUAAAUGAAUCAGCCUUGCCUUCAUGUGAUUCUGAUAAUAUGAAUAAUACUCUUGAUAAUAACUUCUUUGAAAUACUGCAAGAUCUAGAUGUGGAUAAUUCCCUGGAAGAAGACAGUAUUCUUUCCCAAAAAGUAAAAGAUCAAGAAGAAGAUGAUUUAGAUUUGAGUAUGCCAAUGCCAAUGACAACCCCAGUCAAAAUUAUACCUGAUGAAGACAUUAUCGAUAGCGAUGAUGAUAUGUGGAACGGUUCAUUUAACUCUACAAUAAUUCCACAGUUGGAUGGAAAUGCCGGCCGAGUAGGUAAUUUAUCAAAAUGUAAAGAAAUAAGAGCCCUAGAAACAUCUUUGACAAUAAAACAUAAAUUAAAAAUAAAUAAACCAUUCCACAUGACUAUAAAAUAUCCUAAUGGAGAAAUGUUCUUAUACGUCUAUAAUAAAGGAAUUUAUCCGGACAUAAAUAAAUGUACAGAUAUCACUAAUAAUGAACAAAAAGGUCAUAUUAACACCGGGAUUGAUUUUUUUAAUACAUUAGAUAGUUUGAAUCAUCUUCAAGUGAAUGGUCAUUCAAAAAUGGUAAAAGAAAAAAGAAAGAUAAAUUGCCAAACAAGAGACCAAAUUCCGGCCAUGUUUUCAAAUCUUCAAUCAUUAGAUGGAAAUUGUGAUUCUAGUUCUUCGGAAGAGGAACAACCAGUUGUUAAAAGAAGGAGGACGAGUAGAAAAGUUGUUUCACCCAGAUACAAUUCAUUGCCAAUUUCUAUAUCGUCAUCACAAAAAGGCACAACUAUGGAUAAUCCUAGCUUUUCAGUAGGGAGAACUGAAAACAAAUCUGAAUUGGAAGGAAAAUGUUUCAACCCCAUAAUGGCUGUUAAAAAGCAAUUAAACUUCUGUGAUACUAAUUUAAAUUCAACUAUAGUGGAAGAAAUACGAGUGUGCAAUUUAACGCCUAAUCGGUCACGUCGUUCUACCUUGCCAACUAAUUUAGUUGAUGAAAAACUUAAGUCUACACCGGAAAAGUUAAAUGAAAAAUUUGGCAAUAAUGGCUCAUUUUUUGAAAACAACCUAACAAUUUCUGAACAAUAUGAUUUAAAAACAAAGUUUAUUCCAAUAGAAGGAACUUCAAAUAAAUUAACACCACCUGUGUUUAAUGAUAAAAGCGAUAACGAAAUAAGUACUCAAGAAUCACAUUGUGCGUCAAACAUUGCCUCAGAAAAUAAAUAUUUUGCAAAUUCUCAAAGUUCCAAUUCUGACCUGUUUCCAAGCAGUUUAGAGAGCAUACCUUUGGAUUCGGCAGAGGAUUCAAAUAGAAUCAUAACUGAUGAUACUUUAACACUAUUUUCCAAACCAAAAUUUAAUCCCCCCACUAGAGGGGCAGUUGUUACAUCAUUAAAUAAGUAUAAUUUAUUACAUGUUAAACAUCAAGAUCCUUACUAUAGUAAUGUGGAAGAUGUCACAACCGGUAUAGAGGUUGGAUUAGCUUUACUAAAAGUGUUAAGUAAGUCAACAAUCCACUUAACAGAAUUUGAAACAAAGUUGGAUUCAAUUAACACAAUCCGUAAAUCUCACAUGAACAAAGUGUCACAUAACAUGAAGUGGAAUCAGAAUAACAUUAACAACUUAGCAUUGUCAUUCAUAACUAACAGAACUGCUUUAUUAACACCUAUUAGAAAGUCUCCAUCCAAACAGGAUGUAAUUAAUUGGAUUAUGGAUAAAAAUAAAAAGCAAGUAAUCCCUGUUAAGAAACCAGAAAAGGUAAAAGUAUUCAUACCCCUUAGUCAAUCUGAAGAUGACGAAGAUAUGAAUAUGACUUUAACGUUAUCGCCUUACUCUCCAGAAUGUUCUCAAAAAGAUGAUGAUAUUCCUCAAACUCCCAAAUCUAGUUCGCAAAAUUCUUCAACAAACAGUGAUACACCAAAAUCAUCAAGAGAAGGAAGUCCAACAUUGGGUAAAGCCAAGAAAAAGAAAAAAAUCAUGCGGGGUGAAAAGACUGUUUCCUUAAGAAAGUCUAUUCUUUUGUCUCAAGAAAAGGCGCACAAUUCUUGUCAGUUAACAGGAGUCUCCAUUAACAAUACCUUUGGUUUUGAGAAAUCUGUUAAUAAUUUACAAAAUGCAAGAGCUGUUUUAGAUCAUCAGUUCUUGACAGUGAUGAUCAUGGAGAUGCACAUAAGAACUAGAGGAGACUUUAAACCAAAUCCAGAGUAUGACCAAAUAUGCGCAAUAUUUUACUCCAUAUUGAAUGAUGCACCCACAACUGAAGACAAACCUGGAAGGUCAAAAGGAGUUAUUGCUGUUAAUCAAAUACCAUUAAUGGAUGAGAAAAUGGCUCCCUUAUUAGAUGGAAUUAGUGUAGAUUGUAAAGUGGAUUAUGUGUCAACGGAAGCGGAACUAAUUAAAAAAUUCUUGGAACUAAUCCAUUUUUGGGAUCCCGACAUUAUUGGGGGUUAUGAAAUCCAAAUGUUGUCGUGGGGAUACUUCAUAGAUCGAGCGGCAGUUCUAGGAUUAAAUGUGACUCCACAACUAGGUCGCAUUAAGGAAAAUCAGAGAAUGAAUAAUGAAGGCAUACAAGGAGAAUUAAGAAUAGUAGGCCGUAUUCUGUUGGACGUUUGGAGAUUAAUGAGACACGAGAUUAGUCUGCAAAGUUACACUUUUGAGUCCAUUAUGUAUCACAUAUUACACCAACGAGUACCUGUUCACAGCUUUAAAGAUUUAUCAUUUUGGUGGGACCACAGGUCCCACAUUUACAGACACAGAACAGCAAAUCAUUAUUUUUUUCGUGUCGAUUAUAUUUUAGAAUUGUUUGAUAAAUUAGAUUUAAUAGGUCGAACAAGCGAAUUAGCCCGGUUGUUCGGCAUUCAGUUUUAUGAAGUUCUAUCACGUGGUUCUCAGUUUCGAGUCGAAUCCAUGAUGUUGAGGCUGGCGAAACCGCUUAAUUUUAUACCAGUGUCACCAAGUGUGACGCAGAGGGCCAACAUGAAAGCACCAGAAUACAUCCCUUUAGUUUUAGAACCCGAAUCGAAACUGUACGUUGAUCCGGUGGUUGUUUUAGAUUUCCAAAGUUUAUACCCUUCGAUGAUAAUCGCCUAUAAUUAUUGUUUCUCCACGUGUAUUGGUAAGGUCAAUCGCCUGGGGAAAAAUGCACCUUUUGAAUUUGGGGCGACCCAAUUGAAAAUUUCAAAGCGAAGAGUGGAGAAGUUGGUAAAAUAUGACUUACUAAAUUUUUCGCCGUGUGGUGUUGCAUUCGUUAAACCGAAGGUACGGGAAGGAAUUCUGCCCCGUAUGUUAAAGGAGAUAUUGGGCACUCGAUUAAUGGUCAAGAAUUCUAUGAAAGAAAAUAAAGAUGACAGUUUAUUGCAGAAAGUACUGCACAAUAGACAGUUGGGACUUAAACUCAUUGCAAACGUUACUUAUGGAUAUACGGCAGCUAAUUUUAGCGGCAGAAUGCCAUCCGUUGAAGUGGGUGAUAGCGUCGUAAGUAAAGGCAGAGAAACUUUGCAACGGGCUAUCGCUAUGGUGGAUAAUACGCCUGAAUGGGGUGCGAAAGUUGUUUACGGUGACACCGACUCAUUGUUCAUCAUGUUUCCUGGCAGAUCCAAGGAUUACGCCUUUGAAGUGGGCAAACAGAUAGCUGAAGCUAUCACAAAAGAUAAUCCGGAUCCAGUCAAGUUGAAAUUCGAAAAAGUUUAUCAGCCAUGCAUCCUGCAAACUAAGAAAAGGUAUGUGGGAUACAUGUAUGAAUCACCAGACCAAAAGGAACCCAUAUACGAAGCCAAAGGUAUCGAAACAGUUAGAAGAGAUGGAUGUCCUGCUGUAGCAAAAAUGCUUGAAAAGUGCCUCCGACUUCUUUUUGAAACCAAAGAUGUAAGCCUGGUGAAGAAAUAUGUCCUUAGGCAGUUUCACAAAAUUAUUGCUGGCAGAAUAAGUAUUCAAGAUCUUACAUUUGCCAAGGAAUAUAGGGGCGCCUCAGGAUACAAACCAAAUGCUUGUGUUCCAGCUUUGGUAUUAUCAAAAAAGUGGAAAGCAGUUGAUACAAGAAAUGAGCCUAGAAGAGGUGAGCGGGUUCCUUACGUCAUAAUUAACGGCCCCCCUGGUUUACCACUUAUUAAGCUAGUCAGAUGUCCCCGAGAAUUAUUGGCAGAUCCGUCCUUGAGGCCCAAUGCCUUGUACUACAUCACUAAAGUUAUAAUACCACCCAUUAAUAGAUGUUUCACUCUAAUUGGGGUGGAUUUAAAUACUUGGUUUAACCAGAUGCCUCGGAAACAUAAUCAGUUAUUGCCCACUUCUUCUCCUGGUAAAAAAAGCACAAUUUCACAGUAUUUUGCAACAACAAGCUGUGCUGCAUGUGGUGAACAGACGAAAACCGGUUUAUGCGAAGACUGUUGCUGCUCUCAACAAAAAACUGUCAUUAUACUAACAGAAAAGGUUAAAAUAUGGGAACAGAAUAAUCGUGAAACUAAUUUGAUAUGCCAGUCAUGCACGGGUUUCACAUCAAACGUCUCAUGCAUUUCUUUAGACUGUCCAGUGUAUUACAGGCGGAUACAAACUGAUCGAGAUCUUCAACAGGCGACAUUCGUAAGGCAGUUAUUAUCAACGGAAUUUUAAUUAUAUACUUUUUAUAUGUAUUUUUUACUUAUUUUAUUGUAUUUAUUAUGAAAUUGUUUUGUUUAAAUUUUAAAAAUAGCUUUAAUUGUGAUAAAUGUUAAUUAUUAUAUUAAUUAUUUUUGAUAUAAAAAUAAAUUAUAAUUAAAAAUU